GUGACGUCAUCAGACGCGGCCGUUUUCGCAGAUCUACAAAACAUCCGUGCGCGGUCGCGCUACGCCGCAUAUUUUCUUUAUAUCGUAUGCUUUUAACACCGCAAGCAGAGUUUAGUUUUUUGAAACAUAGACAUUUUGUGGUGUCGAACUGAAUUGGUAUUGUUCGACAGGAUAUUUGAAGGCUUUUAAAAAUAUUUCACACUUAAACUUAUAGCUAAAGAUAAGCGGUUUCCCGGAUGUUGUGAGAAAGCGAGGCCCAGCUCUUCUUCUACACACGUGUAGGUAUCUCAGCGGUUUUAGCCACGGAAAUCUGUAGGACUGAGCUGAUUUUGCAGUCAUGUUUGGCUCGUCGAGAUCUGGAGGGGUGAGAGGCGGCCAGGACCAGUUCAACUGGGAUGAUGUUAAAGUGGAUAAACACAGAGAGAACUACUUGGGGAACUCCCUCAUGGCACCGGUUGGACGGUGGCAGAAAGGCAAGGAUUUGACCUGGUAUGCUAAAGAUAAGAAGAGUGGUAAAGCUCUGACUAAAGAGCAGGAGAUGGAGGCUGUACGCGAGGCAGAGCAUGAGGCCAUGCUGGCAGCACUAGGUCAUAAAACCAUCAAGAGGCAGCCAACUGGACUCACUAAAGAGGAUCUAGCAGACGUGUGCAGGAGGGAAGGAGAGGGCGAGGAGCGGGACGUAGACAGGGUUUCUGGACUCGGAAGCUCCAGGUCCGGGCCCAGAGGAAUGCCGCUGUCUAGGCAGGAAAAAGAGGCUGUCAAAAUGGGUUUGCCGGUUUUUACGCAUCACAAAUCUGACAGAUCGCAAGAAGCCAGUCAGAGGCCAGAGGAGGACAGCAAACCUGAUAAAGCAGAUAAAAGGUCCGACAGCAAAAAGAAAAACAAAAAGGAAAAGAAGAGCAAGAAGGAGAAAAAGAAAAAGAAAGAGAAAAGGAAGCACAGAAGCAGGAGCGAAUCUUCAGAUUCCGACUCUGAAAUCAACAGUAAAAGGCGGAGAAAAGAUCCCCGGGACCACCACAGUCCUAAUCCAUCAAGGAGCAGUCAGAGUGGAGCCGGGGCCCGUGACAGGCAUUCAGGAGGGGGGCCAAAGGCCGAGCGCAGGACCCCGACCCCCCCUCCACAGCGCCACCGCCGCCGACACGACACCGACUCAUCCUCUGAGGGACACAGCGCAGGGCGGCGGACCCUUAAACAAACUCACCGGCGGCGCCAUGAUAGCAGCUCAGACCACUGAUGCCCGUUUCUAUCCCGUUUUUCAGACUCAAACCAGUCACGGAGAGCAGAUAUACUGUCAACACAUUUAUCUGGAUGCAGUCCAGCUGAAUAUACUACAAGUGUACACACUGUACUUUGCUGCAUGUGCAUUUAAAGGGGUUAGUUCACUCAAAAAUGUAUAUUUGCUAACUUUCAAGUUGUUAUAAGAUUCUUUUUUCAGUUAAACACAAAAGAAGAUAUUUCGAAGAAUGUUGGAAAUCUGUAACCAUUGUUAUUCUUAGUGUUUGUUUUCUCUAGUCAAUGGUUACUUAAGAUACUGUCUUUUUAAUUGGUGAAUCUCAGAAAAUCUGUCAAAAACAUCUGCGUCUCCGGUCAAAUUUAUUUAUUUUUGGAUAUUAAAAUUACAACCCUACCUAUUUAAAUUAAGUUUACUUAAGUUAUAAGGAAUUUCUAAUUAUAUCUUGGGGAUAGUUUACUCACCAAUUGAAAUCUCACCCCUUAUUCAAGAAACCCUCACUUGUUAAGUUUCUUCAGUUAAACACAAAAGAAGAUAUUUUGAAAAAUGUUGGAAAUCUGUAACCAUUGAAGUUCAUAAGAUUUGUUUUUUUAGUUAAUGCUUACAGCUUUCUUCAAAAUAUAUUUUAAGCUCAACUAAUAAAGAAACUCAUAAAGGUUUGUAAUGUCUGAAGAGUGAGUACAUGUUCAACUUUAGGGGAACUGUCUCUUUAAUUGGUGAAAUCUGUCCAAAACAAAUGUUCAUUGAAUUUUGAAACUGAAGCUUAUUUUAGGCUAUUAAAAUUGAUUAUCCUACCUAAUAAUAAUAAUAAUAAUAAUAACUCAAAGUUCUAAUUAAAUAAGUUUUAAUAAGUUCUGUAAGAUAAACGGUUAAAAGUGCUGAUGAUUGUGAUGGUAAGUGUUGUAUUGUCGUCUCUCAGGUUGUAUCUCAGCUUAAAUGAGCUUUUUAAAUAAACAAAUAAAAAACAAAGCAGCUGCUUGCCAUCACGACAGCAAUAAGAUCCAAUGAACAGCCGAUCGCUUUCAAUCCAAAAUGGCGUCUGUUGCUGUUGCAUUUGAACGUUCUAUUGAGUGUCGCCUCUUGGACAUUCUAAGCUCUUUGCUUCAGUCGAACACAAAAGAAGAUAUUUUGAAAAAUGCUGGUUGACUCCUCUUCCAUAGUAUUUGUUUUACCCAAAUCAAUGGUUUUCAUUAAACUGCAUUUUUCUAAAUAUCUUCUUUAGCGUUUGACAGAAGAAAAAAAAUAUGUGGACAUUUUCAUUUUUGAAUGAACUAUCCCUUUAAAGCAUACAAAAUCAAAUAGUUACAAUGAAAAUAUUGAGGUAAACAUUACACCUUUUUCAUCAGUAUUAUUCAUUCAUUCAACUCUAGUCCCUUUAUUAAUCAGGGGUCGCCACAGCUGAGUGAACCACCAACUUAUGCAGCAUAUGUUUUACUCAGCAGAUGCCCUUCUCAGCUGCAACCCAUCACUGGGAAAGUCAAUAUAAUUACAAAAUACAAAUAAAAUAAUUAUACAGAAUAUAACUCCCCCACCCUUUUUAUAAUUGGAGUUGAAAUGUAACGGACGUGUUUUUGGAGAAAGAAAGGGAGAAAAAUAUGAUUACACGAUGACUUUUUAUUGUAUAUUUUGCUGAAAUAAACCAGUUUUUUUCCAACAUGUCGUACCCUGCGUUGUUCAGUACCUGCCCUCGACACCUUCCCACAUUGUCUUCUCCAUCUAAUUUGUUCUCGUUUUUCCUGACUGCUGGAAUGUGCUCCUGUCGCUGUAAUAGAGCGGACUGUUUGCAUUCGCAUUGAGUGCCUGUGAAAGGCGGCAUUCUGUUGGCUGGCACCUGGGGCCGUGCGAGAAAAGAGCAAAAAGCGCAGACAAAAGACAAGUGCAAAAAUCCAGGCCCAGGGAUGUGCCCGAGCGCCACACACAAACCCCAAGCCGCUGGAGCAGCAGGAGUGGGCUGAACAAAAGCCACCCUGUAAGAGAGCCAGCGAAAAAAGGGGAGCAACACCCCUCCUUUUCCCACCAUCGUGCCUUCCCUGCCAUGUAUUACUGGCUUGGCUGCAUUAUCCAUGGCAGCCUAAUCGGGCCAAAGGAACGUUGUCCUAGAUUGCUUUUCCCUCCCCCUUGUUGGGUCGAAGCCCCGGCGCCUGGUGACCCCGCAGGCCCAGCCGAUCCUAUUUGUCACUUAUUAGAGUGCCAAGGAGGGCUUUUGAGAACUGGAGGGCAUUUUGGUGGUAAACUAAUGACAUACUGGUUAUUAAUCAGACAUUAUCGGUUAUAUCGGUCACUAUAAAAUCAAAGACCCGUAGCCGGCAUGGUGAAAGGGGACAUCUUUUCCUCCUUUUGCUGUUAUUCCAAUCAUUUUGUAUUCAAAUAGAUGGUGAUUUAUUGAUAUAUCGGUCAUUAAUCGAAUAUUAUCGGUUAUAUCGGUCACUAUGAAAUCAAAGACAAGUAGUCGGCCUGGUAAAAGGGGUCUUCAUUUUGUUUUUGCAGUUAUUAACAUCAUUUCGUAAUCAAAUUGGUGGUAAACUAAUGAUAUAACGGUUAUUAUCGGUAUUUAUUGGACAUUAUCGGUUAUAUCGGUCACUAUGAAAUCAAAGAUAUGUAGUUAGCCUGGUAAAAGGGGUCUUCAUUUUCUUGUUUUAGCAGUUAUUUUGUAUUCAAAUUGGUGGUGAAUUAAUGAUAUAUCGGUUAUUAUUGGACAUUAUCGGUUAUAUCGGUCAUUGAAAUCAAAGACCGGUAGUCCGACUGAUAACAGGGGUCUUCAUUUUAUUGUUUUGCAGUUAUUCCCAUCAUUUUGUAAUUAUUAUUGGUGGUGAAUCAAUGUAAUAUCAAUCAUUAUCGGUUAUAUUAGUCACUAUGGGAUCAAAGACCUGUAGUCGGCCUCCUUGAUGUGGUCUUCAUUUUCUCAUUUUGCAGUUUAGUGGUAAAUUAGUGGUAAAUUAAGGAUAUAUUGGUCAUUAAUUGGACAUUAUCGGUUAUAUCGGUCACUAUUUCAUCAAAGACCGGUAGUCAGCCUGGUAAAAGGGGUCUUCAUUUUCUCCUUUUGCAGUUAUUCCCAUCAUUUUGUAUUCAAAUUGGUGGUGAAUUAAUAAUAUAUCGGUCAUUAUUGUACAUUAUCGGUUAUAUCGGUCACUAUAGAAUCAAAGACCCAUAGUCCGCCUGGUGAAAGGGGUCUUCAUUUACUAGUUUUUGCAAUUAUUCUAAUCAUUUUGUGCUUGUUAACCUUUGUAUUCAGACUGGUGUUAAAUGAAUGAUACAUCAGGGUCAUUAUCGGUUACUAUAAAAUCUAAAUUAAUGCUGUAUGUUUUAAAUAAAAGUUUUAUAAAUACUCUUAUGAGCUUCUUGUUUUAAAUGUAAAAUUUUAAAUGAAAAAAAUAUUAAAUGCCAGUGUGCACAGUACACAUUGUUAAAAAAAUAAACCAAGUAAAAAUAACUGCUUUGCUGAUCAGCAAAAUGGUCGUACAUUUGUAUAUUUAUUUAGGUAUGAUCACCAUAAUCAAUUACCUCCAAAAAAUAAUAAUAAUUUCAAGUGUGCAUUGGAAUAACAAGAGCACAACAGUAAUCCAGUUAUACUAAUAUAUUUAAUAACAGUGCAUUUCUGUCAAAAUUUAAAAAAACAAAUACAUAGGUUACAAGUCACACUAUAAAACAUUUUGCUAAGAUUCACAUAGUUUCGACCCCCCAAGUAAUCAGUGUCUACCAAACCAGGUUAAUUGAGAAAGAAAGAAGAGAAAAAUAGAGAUAAAUAAUAAGUUGUUUUUAAACAUCGCCUAUACAGUGACCAUGUAAAAGGUUGUUCAUCUCAAACAGGUCUCUAAGGACCGCAAAGGCACUAGGGCUACACCUAUACAAUUAUUAAUGAUAUUAAUAUGCCAACAUUCUCCAGAUAUACUUAGUUGUGCGUCUGCUUGGAUUUAAAGGGGACCUAUUAUGCUCAUUUUUACAAGACGUAAAACAAGAGUAUGUAAAUUUUCAGCUCAAAA